CUCCAGUCCUCGAGCAGACGUCGACAGCCCCACUCCUGCGACACCAUGAAGCUACUGGCUUGCGUCCUCUUCGUGCUGGCGGUGGCCUCGGCUGCCGAGGAGCCGCAGAAGGAGAAGAGAUACGCCGCGGGUACCGCCCUCGGCUACUCGGGCAUCCCCGCCGCCGGCUACCCCGGCUACAGCGGCUACCCCGGCUACAGCGGCUACAGCGGCUACAGCGGCUACCCCGGCUACAACGGCUACAACGCCUACUCGGGCUUGGGCAGCAGCGCCUACUCCUCCGGCCUGGGCUACCCCGGCUACAACGGCUACUCGGGCUUGGGCAGCAGCGCCUACUCCUCCGGCCUGGGCUACCCCGGCUACAGCGGCUACUCCUCCGGCCUGGGCUACCCCGGCUACGGCGGCUACAGCGGCUACAACGGCUACAGUGGCCUGGGCUCGCAGCAUGCCUACUCGCCUUAUGCCGGCUACAGAGCGUGAUCUGUCACUCGCAGAACUCUACGUGGACUCUCGCUGGCGAAACGUAUCUUCUUCUUCUUCUUCUUCUUCUUCUUCUUCUUCUUCUUCUUCUUCUUCUUCUUCUAGUGGCUUCAACUAAUGCAACUGGCUGUGCAGCUGGAAAAAAUCUUGUUUAAUUGUAUCAUAUAAAAAUAAAUAUUUUACUACUUU